CACGUGACUAGCGGACAAGCCGAGUGACUUUCGAUUGACGAAUGAAAUACAGUAUCCAUUAUUAUGCUGAGAGUAUGAAUUGAAAAUGUAUCUCCGCCUGACUUGGAGUGCCUCAUUGUUCGCGUGACUGAGCGGACAUGUUUACGUCAUUCUGACCGCACACGAGUAAGCGCACCCAUGAUCCUGCUGGGCCCCGGUCUGUGCCUUCCCUCGCAGGGCACCGUCCAGGAACUCUUCCUGGCGGCCCGCGAUGCCAACGCGGUCCCAGACAUCUCCCUGGAUCCGGUCCUCACCUCUUUCCUGUCUCUGGACUCAGCGGAUGCGCUGCAGCACCAGUACGCCUCGCUGCAGAGGACUCUGACCGAGUCUCAGCGAGCAGGUUUUGGCCUCCGCCUCAACCGAGAGCUCAGAGGCGGCAGGGUCACCCACGGGGGCGUCGGCGUCGUAGCUCUGGCUUUGUCCUUGCUACUGGACCACGUUGCUCACCAAGUUAGAGGCAACAUUUCAGCAGAGGCGAACCAAUCGGCUCUAGCACGCCGGUCCAGGAAGGUUUUUGGCAUCGCGGUCUCUUCAAGGAUCGGCGGCAUUGCACAAAACUACCUGAGCCUGAUCCCGGGCAUCGCCAACGACCAGGACACGAUGGCCGAGACCACGGAGAUCUACGACAACUGGCUGAAACUGGAAAUGCUGGACCAUUACCAGAGGAUGACCAAUAAGAAGAGGAUGAGUUCCGUGUCCAUGCAGCAGUGGUUGACUGGAGCUGCGCUUCAUCUCCACAUGAGGAUACACCAGGUUCGUCUACAUUCUGUGCCAUUCGGGUCGGCGGAGUCUCUUCGUCUGUCCUAUAAGACGGCUUUAAACCGUCUGGUGCAGGGUUACACCGUUUACCUCCACAGGAACAUUCGGGAGACGGCACCGUCGCCGCCGGAGCGUCCCCCGUCCGAGACGGGCCGGACAACCAACUGGUCCUGCUCCAGUGAGAUGUCCUUUAACAUCAGCCAAGCGGACGCAUCCGAUGAGACGACCCACGGCGGCGCUUGUAAUAAAACAGAUGAAUUUGCUUUUAAAGAGGGUCUGCUGGUCAUCGAGCCGGGCAGAAACGUCAGUCACGGCGUGCGCCACCACCCCUGCGAGUCUUCGGCCAUACAGCAAUCUUUGGUGAUGCGGAUCAUGAAUGCGCAGGACCUGGAGCAGACCAGAAGCUUUUUCCUGUACCCCAAAAAGGUCUUCCAACGACUGCUCGCACAAGAGGAUCCUUUUGAGAUCACAAAUUAAACGGAACACUUUUUCAUUUUCUCCAUUUUUUUUUUAAAUUCUCUCUAAUUAUAUGUGGCCAUGGAUGCCGGGUUGUAAGAUGAGACAAGAUAAAAUAGGCUGAUAGAAUAAACGAUAACACAAUCCUUUACUGUCCGGUGUGACAGAAGUACACGAAUAGAAUAAAAAUAUGGAAGAUGAAAAACAUCUAGUGGUACUCACGGGACACAAAGAAUCACUAAGUACAGUGCAGUUGUAUUUUUUUUUUUUUACUUUUCAGUGCAAUAAAUUUGCAUUUAAUCCUUAAUAACUGUUUUUAAAUGUUAAUUGAGGCUUUUAAUUUGAGAAUUUUUAAGUGCACUGCAGUUGAAUUGAAUCUGUAUUUAAAUGCAUGUAUUUUUCUUCCUAUAUUUCAACGCAGUGUUAAUGUUUAUACGUAUAUAUUGUUCAUACUGUGCAUAAUGUGGAUGACAAAAAUAU